AUGGUGUGGGUCAUCACGUCCACACCUCCUAAUGGUGUGGGGAAUCACGUCCACACCCCCUACUGGUGUGGGUCACCACGUCCACACCUUUUCUCAACUCUUACCUUCUCAUUUGGUGUGGGUACAAAGUCCACACCGUUUUGCGAAUGUCUGCUCUGGAAUCAUCUGCGGGCGCCCUCCGAGGGACUCGAACCUGCGAUCCGAGAAUCGAGGCCGAGCGAGCAACCACUCUGCCACGGAGGGCCCGCUGGUGCAUAG